CUUCCUCAUUGGCGCCGCGCGGAGAGGCGGAAUGUUCAACUCCUGACUCCGGCGGAAGCGUGGGAGCCGCGCGGGCCGCCGUCCCCGACCCCCGCCGCCGCUCGCACCCGGCCCGGGAGCCAGAUUUUGUGGACGUUUACUACUUUGUCAUUAUGAGAUGUCGUCUCUCGGUGCCUCCUUUGUGCAAAUUAAAUUUGACGACUUGCAGUUUUUUGAAAACUGCGGUGGAGGAAGUUUCGGGAGUGUUUAUCGAGCCAAAUGGAUCUCACAGGACAAGGAGGUGGCUGUAAAGAAGUUACUCAAAAUAGAGAAAGAGGCAGAAAUCCUGAGCGUCCUCAGUCACAGGAACAUCAUCCAGUUCUAUGGAGUGAUUCUGGAACCUCCCAACUAUGGCAUCGUCACAGAAUAUGCUUCCCUGGGAUCCCUGUAUGAUUACAUUAACAGCAACAGGAGUGAAGAGAUGGACAUGGAACACAUUAUGACCUGGGCCACCGAUGUAGCCAAAGGGAUGCAUUAUUUACACAUGGAGGCUCCAGUCAAGGUGAUCCACAGAGACCUCAAGUCAAGAAACGUUGUUAUCGCUGCUGACGGAGUGCUGAAGAUCUGUGACUUCGGUGCCUCGCGGUUCCAUAACCACACAACACACAUGUCCUUGGUUGGAACUUUCCCAUGGAUGGCUCCAGAAGUUAUCCAGAGUCUCCCUGUGUCUGAAACCUGUGACACAUAUUCCUAUGGUGUGGUUCUCUGGGAGAUGCUAACAAGGGAGGUCCCCUUUAAAGGUUUGGAAGGAUUACAAGUAGCUUGGCUUGUAGUGGAAAAAAACGAGAGAUUAACCAUUCCGAGCAGUUGCCCCAGAAGCUUUGCUGAGCUGCUGCAUCAGUGUUGGGAAGCCGAUGCCAAGAAACGGCCAUCGUUCAAGCAAAUCAUUUCAAUCCUGGAGUCUAUGUCAAAUGACACGAACCUUCCUGACCAGUGUAACUCAUUUUUACACAACAAGGCGGAAUGGAGGUGUGAAAUUGAGGCAACCCUUGAGCGGCUGAAGAAACUAGAGCGCGAUCUCAGCUUUAAAGAGCAGGAGCUCAAAGAACGAGAGAGACGCCUGAAGAUGUGGGAGCAGAAGCUGACCGAGCAGUCCAACACCCCGCUUCUCUUGCCUCUCUCUGCAAGAAUGUCUGAGGAGUCUUACUUUGAAUCUAAAACAGAGGAGUCAAACAGUGCAGAGAUGUCAUGCCAGAUCACUGCAGCAAGUAACGGGGAGGGCCAUGGCAUGAACCCAAGUCUGCAGGCCAUGAUGCUCAUGGGCUUUGGGGAUGUCUUCUCAAUGAACAAAGCAGGAGCUGUGCUGCAUUCUGGGAUGCAGAUAAACAUGCAAGCCAAGCAGAAUUCAUCCAAAACCACAUGUAAGAGGAGAGGGAAGAAAGUCAACAUGGCCUUGGGGUUCAGUGACUUUGACUUGUCAGAAGGUGACAAUGAUGACGAUGAUGGUGAUGAUGGUGAGGAGAAUGACGUGGAUAAUAGUGAAUGACGGCAGAAAGGAAUAAGGUUAAAAAUGUUUUAUUUUUUUUUGUUUUGUUUUGUUUUUAGAAGAACAGAAGAAAUGUGUUAUCUCAGUCUGUGCAAAAAAGCAGCAUAGGGAGGCAGAGCCCCCAGCACUGCAUCGUAGGCCGAGCUCAUUUAGGGCGGUUUCCUCAUCAGUGUGACUUUGCUUUUGCAGAAAAGGGCGGGAAAUUAAGCUAAAGGCAUAUUUAUCAGCGAGUGCGGUGCCUGGUUAUAGAAAUAUGUGAUUACACACAUAUGUUCCUGAGCUAAUGACAUUUGGGCUUUUUCUUUUUAAAGCACAUGCUUUGUAGUUUGUAUUUGACUGUAUUUGAUCCUUUCACUCAGUCGGUUAAGAAAAUGUCCAUUGCGAGCAAGCACUCUGCUCCUGACUCUGCUCUGACACUCGAUUCUUCCCCAGCAUACCAAGGUUUCUUCCUUGUACGGCACAUCCUAAUGGCAGAAGUGAUUGGCAACUAUAAAAUCCAGGAAAAAAAAAAAGAAAGAAAGAAACAUGAGGAGAGAUGAAAGAAGGUUAUAACAAAAUGCAUCUUCAGAAAUAGCUAAAUGGCAAGAAUUUUCAAUGCCAAACAGCACACAGCUCCUCAAAGUAAAACCCGAGUGAUGUUCUCAGUAGUAACAUUUGAAGGAGAAAUACUCUGGUUUGAAGCAGGCUGCAGACGACAUUACAAGCUUGCAUCCCCCGUGCUGGCUGGAAGCAUCCUAACAAGAGCACACUGUCACCCUAGGCUUAGCUUGUCCCUUACACAGAAGCACAUGAUCCCAAAGGGACGUGUCUAGUCAUGGACAGGAUGAGCACGAGUCUGCUCUCUACAUGUGAUAAAGGUACUCUGUUUCUUUGUUUUCCAGGGGUGCAUAAUAACACAACUAGAUUUUAAUCUAUGUGUAGGGAGAAAAAAAAACACUCUAAAUAGGAAAGAUAAAUUAUCCUUCUUAGACACAAGUACAUUCUGAAGGGGUCUUUUUUUUAUAUGUAGCCUCCCCCAACACAGCCACUUUCUUUUCUUUUUACUGUUCUCUAUUAUGCUGGUUAGAGAAAUGGAUUCAGCUACCACUUACUAUGAAGGCGAGGCUCCCCAGAGACCCUCUAAGAAGACUAGCACUAGCAGCCAAAACUUUAUUUAAACUAUAAACUCGUAUAAAAAUUACAACUAGAUAAAGUUAAAGCAAAAGUUUUUUUAUCAAUCUAACUCAGAAAUUGGUGUCAUCCAUUUGACAAUGAAAGUUAAAUAUUUUUGGUGGGCUUUUUUAUCUAGAAGCUAUAGCAUCAGGUGGGCAUGGUAGCUUGUGUCCAUAAUCCUGGCCCUCGGAGGCUGAGGCGGGACAAUAGUGGGUUUAGUAUUAGCUAUGUCGCAAGACUAUGUAUGAGCAACGUUGCAAGACUCUAUCUCAAGAAAGGACUAGGCAUCAUCUACUGUUGUUUCUAAGUCUGUUUGGUCAUGAAGUCUUUUGGAAUCUGAGAUAGAACAGGCCUCUAAUCCUCAGUGCGGACUGAAAAGUAGCAUCAAAAAUAGAAAACAUGCACUACAACUUUAUCUGGGAAGAAAUAACUAGUGGAAUGUUCUGGGUAUCUGUUUGCUGUGCAGUCGCAGGUAGACUAUUUAAUCUCUGAGGCUGUUUACUCUUUGAUACCAUGACAGGAAUGCUAAAGUACUUCAGAGAAAAAGGUUCAGAAGGAAAGUAUGUAACCAUGUAGCAUAGCGCCAGGCCACGCCAGGGGCCAGGGAAUACCAGCUACAGUUAAUUACCAAGUAAAGGAGAUACUGAGAAGAAGUAAGUGGGCUCCGUAACCUUCAGGACCACCGCCCUAUCUAUUGCAAGUGACACUGGCUCAAAAGUAUGAAGUUAAAAGUAGAUAGCUUUCAUGAAAAAUAAAGAGAGCAAUUCUAAGAAUGUAAAAUGCACAGUUUAAUUCAGUUGCUCUUGGAACCUUUGUGCCAUACCAGAUCCACACGCGCUGGGUGUUUACAGACAAGUAAAGGCUGCCUAAGAAGACAGGUCCCUCCUCACCUCCAUCCUGCUAGAAUCCUAUGCACAUGCGUACUCUAAACAUGCAGUCAGGCUGCUCAAACAGAAAGUCUUGGAGGGAGCAGAAGCCUGGCAAGUCCUGAUUUCCCAGCAUGCCAUGAGCACCCGAAGGAGACAGUGGGAGGUUCAGGAGCCUCUUGCACACCUGCCCAGGCAAAAAUAAAGUCUCCUGUCCAAUAAGCCUUCACUGGGACCCAGUGUCUACCGGAUUCUAGAGAACAGCUAGAAAGAACAGCCUUUGCACUCCUGGAGCAUGCGUGCUAGUGAGCAUCACAGAGUGGUGGGAUUCGCUAAGUGUGUGCUGGAAGUUGAAGCAAGGAAGGAAGAUGGGACUUGAGGGAGAAGUCUUAAAAGCAUGCUCAGGAAAGGCCAUCUGUUACAUUAUGAUGUUACAGAGCCCAAGAAGGUGAAGGGACCUCUGCGAGUGGUGAGUUCUGCCCUAUAUGUAAGAGCAUAAACCUCACCACCCACUAAUCAAUAGUUGGUUUAGAACACAUAUAUGGCCUGGAAAUAAUGUAUUUCCUAAAUUAAUAUCUAAUUCAUAGUCUAUAUAAAAAUUUUAGUGCAUUAAAAACCAGCCAGAUAGUGCCAGUAAGGAAAAGUUACUGGAUUUUAUACCCAGACUAGGUUGACCACCACCCCGGCACAUCGCUCUCUCCUCCUAACUGCUGCUGUUUCCUCUUCCUACAUUGCACCCAUGUUCACAGCUCAGUGCUGUCAUGAAGAAACCACAGGACUUAGCAUAGAGCAGAACAAGCCUUGUGGAAAAGCUUCCAACCGCUCUAUCUAGAACCACAGAAUAUGCCAUUGGGCAUUGUACUUCUGCUCAAAUUAAGUGUUCAUCUAGUGGCUUUAAAAUGUGCAAACAUACCUGAAACCUGACUCAUAUAAAUAGGACCUCAUAGAGUUCUUGGACCUUCUGUAAAAAUUACUAGAAAGCUUUAGUUAAUUUUAUAAGAAAUGUCUAUUAGCUACAUGAAGAAUUUCUAAUGAUGCUAAUAUAGAAGGUCUAAUUCAAUUCUUAGAUCAGUUUUUGAAAUGGCCAGUUAUCAGUGUUAGAUUUUGUUCCAAUGACCUGACUUACAAAAGAACACAAUUCAGAAGUUAAAGAAAUCCUGAAACACGUAAAGAUUCAGAAUGAGAAUUAGAACUAUAGAUUACGGUAAUAAGUGUUAGAUACCUUAAAACAUUUCUUUCUUUACUCGUAAAGCUAAUACAUAGAAUUUGGAGACAUCCAUCUAUAGUGGUUCUCAGCUGAGAGGUAAGACGACUUUGGCCAGCCAGCCUUUACUGUAGACUGGUGGCCUCCUGCUUGCCAGGGACAGCCUCACCCUGCAAAGGUUUCUAUCCACAAUCUCCAUAGCAUUGUCCUGUCCCCACUGUGAAGCUCGUUAAACCUGACACAUCUGCUGCUCCAUCUCUAGUUUUCCCCCAAACAAAAUCACCCACGCCUUUCCAGAACAAUAAAGACACCUUCUACAUGUUAGAAGCUGUAGCUUUUUCUCAAAUCACUGUUUGUGGAAAUGAUUUCUUCUUUCCCCACUUAAGGUUGCUAGUCGGAACACUAUGACAUUAUUGCAUCCAUGAGGGGAGGGGCACUGCCCAUUAUGGUAACUCCACAACAGCCCUGGCACACUUGCUGUCAUUCUGCAGUCAUUUAAAGGGAAUUUUUCCUAGCUUUUUUUUUAAGCAAAAUCACACUUUUGUUUUGUUUUGUUUUUUGUUUUUGUUUUUGUUUUUUUGAGACAGGGUUUCUCUGUGUAGCCCUGGCUGUCCUGGAACUCACUCUGUAGACCAGGCUGGCCUCGAACUCAGAAAUCCGCCUGCCUCGCAAAAUCACAUUUUAAUGUUUCAUAGAUAGCCAGUGGGAUAAGGUCAAGGACACCCAGCACACUGCUUUUGAUGCUCUGAAAAUGCUGGAGACUAUUGGUGGUUUUUAACCAGUGACUUUUAUUUUUAACAUGCAGUGAACUUUGAACACCAGCUGAGGUAUUCACACUUGAUCCCCAUUGAAUUCAAAGUGACUAGGGGAAGGGGUGCCAUCUAGGAGAGACUCGGACCCAUUUCCCUGCCAGUUACCAUGCAUACAUAGAACUUUAGUUUUCAUUAGUGUGCCAAGAACUUUAUGAAAGAUGGCCUUAAAACCUAGCCUGAGUUAAAUACCAAUACUUUAAAAACUAUUUUUGUCACGCUAGACUUGGUUAGCCUUGUGAGACUAGUUGAGGCUCGCUGUACCACAGCACACAGUAAGGCAUAAUUCUUUCUAUAAUCAGGCACCUUCUGCUGCUUGCAAGUAAGAUCCUUUUCCUGUGUAGACACUGCAGCGGAGGCUCCACUCUGCUGGACGUAGCGAAGCCCGACAGCUGUCGGCAUAGCAUUCUGUGGUUGCAAAAUGAAUGUCUAUCAGGAAAUCCGGGACAGGCCAUGUUUUCUCAGACCCCAGCUUUAUGGGCACUCUGCUGCUUGUGUGUGUGAGAAACUUUCUGGCAUGUGGAUAAUUAUUUCAAACUAGAGUUCAGGCACCGAUACAACUGUUUUAUAGCGUGUGCAGAAUACUCUCGGUUCCGACAUGACACAUUGCUUCUGCACUCUGAAAACCUGCUGUCAGAAAACAUUUCUAUCCUUGGAGUGUGAGCUUUCAGUGGGAGGCUUCAUCACUGUGUUUGCAUAACAGUCUUCUCCCUCCACUCUGUUGCCUGUGUUAUUCCGAGCAAGUCUUAUGCCAAAUGCCAUGUACGAUGUCUGUAUGGAAGAUUAAACUGCUCUCCUAUGUGGUAAGGCUCUUUAGUUGCUGACUUCAUAGUUGGAAUCUGAUAUGCCAGCACCGAGUCCACGAUGUAUUCAGAAAUCCAAGUUGGCGUCGCACAUUUCAUUCUGAUGUGAACUUUUCUCCGCUUUCCUUUGUUCUAAGACUCCAUUUUGCAAUAAACGUUUUGACAGUAAA